CAGAGAAAUAGGCUUAUUCUAGUUCCUCCCCCACCCUCUACUUUUUCCGGUACCAGUGAGUCUGCUGGCGGAGGGCAGCUCUCAUCCUAGCUGAUAGAUCUGUGACCUGGGUCUAUCUACUGAAUGAAUUCUGUUGGAAGAUGGAACACAGCAGGUUUCUGGCUGGCCUGAUAUUGGCUGCCCUUCUCUCCCAAGUGAGCCUCUCCCAGAAUCUUGUGGAUGAAGUUGAGGACAAAGUGCUUUUGAAUUGCAAUAGAAGCACCAUAUGGCUACAGGGAACAAGGGGAAAACUGUCCUCAAACGACCAAAGUCUGGACCUGGGAAAACGCAUCCUGGACCCACGAGGAGUGUAUCUGUGCAAUGAGACAUAUGAAAACAAAUUCAAAUUAUAUACUUUACAAGUAUAUUAUAGAAUGUGCCAGAACUGUGUGGAGCUGGACUCAGCUACCCUGGCUGGCAUCAUUGUCACUGACAUCAUUGCCACUAUCCUCCUUGCUUUGGGAGUCUACUGCUUUGCUGGACAUGAGACUGGAAGGCUCUCUAGGGCUGCUGAGACUCAACAUUUAUUGAGUAAUGACCAGCUCUAUCAGCCCCUUCGUGAUCGGAAUGAUGCUCAGUACAGCCGUCUUGGUGAAAACUGGCCUCGGAACAAGUGAACCUGAGAUUGGUGGCUUAUAGGAGCAUCAGUUAUCAACCACACCUUCUCUCUUUGUUCAGUCAAUAAAUAUGUCUUCUUUCACUCAGCAGGCGCCUGGACUUUUCAAGCCUCCUGAGCAAGGCAUGGGAAUUGUCCUGCCUUGUUUGGGUCCUUGCUCUCCCUGCCAAUCUGUAUCAUUCCUUCAUUGCUUCCCGUCCUCUGCCCCACAUGAACAGUCUAAUGGACAGCUUCUCAUCACUUUCUGCCUCACUGGUGUUUAUGGCCUGGUGCACUCUCUUCAGGAUCUGCCCCCACGUACUCCCUCGCUAUUUGUUGUCUCCAGUUAGCCCCCCAUUGUAACCCUUCCUGGGUUUUGGCUUCUUCACCACAGCUGAGGGUGGCUGCUGUGUUCAGGGACUCAGCCGCACAAAAGUUUCCAUGACAUCACGAGCGGAGGUGGUAGAGACAUCAAAGGCCUUGAGACUCACUUCUUAUCAAGAUGCAGAGAAUGUGUGUGAGAAAGUCCCACUUCUGCUAAGGGGCUGGCCUUGGCUUUUUAACCUCAUUGUGCAGUAGCCACUAGCUGUGAGAAGUCUUAGCCUAGACCCCUUUAAUACCAUUUAUCUUACUUUCCCCAGAACCUUUGCCCCUGUCUCCUGCAGGAUAAACUGGCAACAGAAACCCUUCAUCAAUUAAAUUUCCACUCACUUGGAAAGCUGGAGUUUGAGACUAGGUGGGGACUUAGGAUAUUUUCAAUGGAUGUCAUCUUUGGUUUCUUUGGUUAGUGGGUUAGUGGUGGUUCUGAAUCUUUGAGAGCCUGAGGGAAUUGUUAAGAAUAUAGACACGUGGGCCCCACUUUAGGCAUGUAGUCCCUGAGUAAUUCUGAAACAACCCCAAUUCAGAGUCCUUGGUUUAAAUGAAGAACUGAGGUCCCUUACUCUGUGUCCUUCAUGCCUGUUCCUGUCUACCAUAGGUGGGAACCUCUCCUUUUAUUCUCUGAGUAAGAGUAGUUUAGUGAACUUGAGGACAUUUAAAUGAGAGUAAGCAUUUUCUAGACCAGGGUUCCCCAAAGAAAAAAGAAUUAAAAACUAUAUUGCCAGAGAUCUGGAUGAUUCUGACCACUAUCUCUUCACGAUAUACACAGACCUCAAUUUUGGUAGAGACAGAAUGAACUUCCAAUUUACAACAGAUGCUGCAUUCAUGGUUAUGAUUUAUUCCUACCCUUUAUAUCCCUACUACCAUAGUCCUUCUAACCCUAGAUCUUGCUUUCACACUGAGUACCUCCACUGAGCAACCCUUCAUGGCUUGUAUUGUACCAGUGCUUGUAUCCUUUUCACACACUGCACACUUCCUUUCACCUGAUUCCUCAUAUGCCUUUAUAUCCCACCAUACCUCUCACUAGUUCUCAACAUUGGCCGUAUGUUGGAAACUCUUGGGAACUUUAAAAAUACUGGUUUCUGGGUGAUUCCACCCCCAGGAAUUCUAAUUUUAUUGGUCUGGAGCAUCAGGACUUAAGUCGAUUUUAACAGGAAGCCAAAGUUGAGAAAAACUGCCCUCCCUCCAUCUGAGCCCUUCUAGAAUCUUGUGUCCCUUAUGGCUCUAUUUUUUUGUGUGCUUUUAAAAAACAGAUUUACUGAGGUAAACUGACACAAAUAAACAGCAUAUAUUUAGCGUAAAAUUUGGCAAACUUUGGCAUAUGUAGCCCACUUGUGAAACACUACCACGAUCAAGAUAAUGAACGUAUCCAACACUUUGAACAGUUUCCUUGUGCCCCUUUGCAUGCAAUCCCUCCCCGCUCCCUCUGCUUAUCUCCACACCCUCCAGGCGACCACUGAUCCACUUUCUGUCAUUACAGAUUAGUUCUCAUUUUUCUAUAGUUAAUAUACAUGAAAUAAUAUAUUAUGUACCCUUUUCUGGUCUGCCUUCUUACAUUCAGCAUAAUUAUUUUGAUAUUCAUCCAUCUUGUUGCAUCUUUCAAUAGUUCGUUCCUUUUUUGUUGUUCAGUAGUAUUCCAUUGUAUGGAUAUGCCACAGCUGUUUAUACUAUCUGUUGAUAGUCUUUUGGGUUGCUUCCUGGUUUUGGUUAUUACAAAUAAAGCUGCU